AUGAAAAUCUCUGAGCUACCAGGCGAUGAAGAAUCUGGACUGACCUGCCGCACUUAUGUAUUUCAAGAUGAAAGUCAUACUUUAGGCAAUGCAUUAAAAUGUUUAAUAAAUAGAUAUGAUGAUGUUGACUUCUGUGGAUACACAGUACCACAUCCUGCCGAAUCAAAAAUGCAUUUUAGAAUACAAACAAAGGAUACACCAGCCCUUGAAAUUUUAAAAAGAGGGCUUAAAGAUCUACAGAAAGUUUGUGACCACACAAUAGAUAUGUUUGAAAAAGAAGUAAAAGAAUUUAAUAAAACAUAG